UAAAGCGGCUUCCACUUUAGCAAAACAGAGAAAUAAGAUCCGGUUUUUGUCGAACAGGAAGCGAGGAGAUACUGAUGGCGCCCGACUAGAAUGGAGUAGCAAUUAUCGCGUACAACUUCUUAUACUGUUUGUUGUGUCUACUAAGUCAUACACGAAUUCAACUCGCAAUACACGGGCAUUUCACACAAUCAAUAUCCAAUUAAAAGUACACUCCCUGUGAAAGAAUAGGCUAAUGCCAGAAGAUGGAUGGAUAAUCGAAUGAUAGUUGAAAACUGAUGGAAGGGGAGAUAGAGGUGGAGAGCAGCAGUGAUGUGGGUCCGUCGGGCUCCGGAAUGGAGGAGCCGUCGGAGAGCGGUAUGGGCAUGGAGUCCUCAGAGGCCAUGUCGGCAGACAGCAGUGAUGCAGCAUCCCACCAUCACAGCCAGCACCACCACGGCAUUGCCCCAGAGUCAGACUGCCACGUGGGACAGAGCUCAGAGGGGGUCCCGGUGUUCCUACCAGAGACUAGUUCCAGUACGGAUGUCACCCACCACAGGGCCACCGUCCACCUCCCAGACUCCUCCUCUGUGGCCCAGUCCACCAGCGUCUCCACUGUAACACAGUCCAUCCUGGUGUCUGGGUCAGCCCAGGUGACGGUUCACUCCAGCGCGGCGGUGUCUGACUCGACAGCCUCCACCUCCUCAGAUCUGGGAUCAGCCAUAGACAAGAUCAUAGAGUCCACCAUCGGACCCGACAUCAUGAAUGGUUGCAUAGAAGUGACCAGUGCAGAGGACGGAGCUGCAGAGACCAGUGAGGGUCAGUAUUUGAUACUACAAGGAUCAGAUGAUGCCCACACGUCGUCCUCGGCCCUGUCCAGCCAUCACCGCAUCACCAUCGAGGCUCUGGGAGAGGGUCCUACCUCCACCUGCCACGACCAGGGAGACAUGCAGGACAACCUGGACCCUGACCAGCCAGACCAGCCCUCUGGCAGCCAUUACCCAGACCAUGAGGACCAGGAGAACCAGCCCCAGCACUCCCACGCAUCUCAGUACAUGGACUGUAGCGGUGGAGAUGCAGACGGACCUGACCAGACUGGAGAGUCGUCCUCCUCGUAUGUAGACGACGAGGAAUCUGACCAGACUAGGAUCUCGUCCCGGUCUCUGUCCCGCUUCCCGGAGUACGGUGUAGUCGACAACUCUGACCAGGACCUGCGGGGGUACGUGGAGGGUAGCGGAGCCGCCGACUCCAACCCCUCGUCCCCCGGCAUUCGACGACGCCACACUCACUAUGUUGUGGACUGCAGUGCGGGGACGGAGGUGUACCUGGAGUGUGAAGAGGAUUUGAGGCCACAGCACUCUCAGAGCUACAUCGACAGCAGCAGCAGAGCUAACCACUCCCAGGGUCACUUAACCCUGCCUAACCACUCCCAGGGUCACCGAACCCUACAGCAGUAUGUGGAGUUUGUUGCUGCAGAUUCAGAGCAGCCCGGUUGUUCCAACUACCAGGAUCAGGAAGGGCAAAGGGAGGACCCAAACAAGAGCCCAGACCAGAACCAGGACCCAGACCAGCCACAGCACUCUGACCAGCAGCAGCCCCAGCACUCCCACUACAUGGAGACCACCAGCAGCAGCACUGGCCCAGAGGCCUCCCCGGGGUGGUACACUGGGAUAGGGGAGGGAGGCGAGGGCUCCUCCACAGACCACCACCACCCCCAGGCAGACACUGUGGGAUCAGUCCACCACCACCCCCAGGCAGACACUGUGGGAUCAGGCACAGACCACCACCCCCAGGCAGACACUGUGGGAUCAGUCCACCACCACCCCCAGGCAGACACUGUGGGAUCAGGCACAGACCACCACCCCCAGGCAGACACUGUGGGAUCAGUCCACCACCACCACCCCCAGGCAGACACUGUGGGAUCAGUCCACCACCACCACCCCCAGGCAGACACUGUGGGAUCAGUCCACCACCACCACCCCCAGGCAGACACUGUGGGAUCAGUCCACCACCACCACCCCCAGGCAGACACUGUGGGAUCAGUCCACCACCACCACCCCCAGGCAGACACUGUGGGAUCAGUCCACCACCACCCCCAGGCAGACACAGCGGGCUCAGCAGAGGCUAUGGAGUGCACAGAGAGCCAGCCUGGCCCUUACAUCAGCAGCAGUGGGACCUACUCCUCCCGCCCGGAGCCUGAGGUUGAGGGGGCCCCUGAGCCUCAGUGGUCCCCCAGUCUGGGGAGGCCUUUCAGGGGAGAGGAGGGUGGCGUGGUGGGGGGGUCUAGAACUUCAGCUGUGGAGGCGGGGGCUGGAAGAGGACCAGGGGUCACCGUCCCCCACACCAUGGCUGAACUGGAGGAGAUGAUGGAGGUGGUGAUCGUUCAGCAGUUCAAAUGCAAGAUGUGUCCCUACAAAAGCGUCUCCAAAGAUACCCUCAUCAACCACAUGAGAGACAGGCACUUCAAACCCGCAGGUGGCCCCCCUCCUAAGAAGCGUGGUCGGCCCAGGCGUAGUGAUACGUUGGCCCGUCAGCAGGCUGAGGUGAAACCAGAGCCACAGCCUGAGGAGCCAGAGGACGAAGACAUCGUAGAUGCUGGGGCCAUCCAUGACUCUGAGGAGGACAGUGACUAUAACCCAGCAGAUGAGGAUUGUAGGGGCAGACAGCCUGCCCUGCUGAGACAACCUGCCCCUCCUCCCUGCUCCUCCACAGACCGCCCCCGACGCAGGGUGGGCCGCCCCAGGAAGUUCACCUACACAGAGGGCAGCUACAACUGCAAGGAAGCUGAGGGUGCAUUCAAGCAGCGUAUCGAGAGUGUGGACCCUCAAGGCUCCGAGGAAGCCAGUUCCUCAGGCCUGGGAAACGGACCAGAUUCCUUGGCCAAUGGAAAAGCAGUGGAAGCCGGCAUCAGCCAGUCAGACUCUGAGAACAAAGACCCGUCACCCAAUGGGAGGCCGGAGGAGGCAGAGUUUUUCCCCAGGAAACGAGGUCGACCCUCCAAGAGGUUUCUCCGCAAGAAAUGCAAGAAGUACAUGAAAUAUUACACAUCUCUGAAGCCCCUCCUGAGGCCUCACAACUGUUGGAUUUGUGGCUCUCGCUUCCUGUCCCAGGAUGACUUGAGGUUCCAUGUAGACUCUCACCAAGGAAACGACCCAGAGUGCUUCAAGUGCCUGCAGUGUAACUAUCGUUGCAAACGCUGGUCCUCGCUCAAGGAACACAUGUUUAACCACCAGGGGAACAAGCCCUUUAAGUGUGAGGAGUGUGACUACAGCAGUGUGUAUAAGAAGGACGUCAUUAGACACUCUGCAAUACACAACAAGGACAAGAAAACAAAGUCUGAGUCUUGUGGUCUGUCUGACUCUCAGCAGGUACCUAAGGUGUUGUCGUUCCCGUGUCCAGUGUGCCAUAGAGUCUACCCCAUGCAGAAGAGACUCACUCAGCACAUGAAGACACACAGUGCUGAGAAACCCCACAUGUGUGACAAGUGUGGGAAGUCCUUCAAGAAGAGAUAUACGUUCAAGAUGCAUCUCCUCACACACAUCCAGAGUGUUGACAACAGCCGGUUCAAGUGUGAGUUCUGUGACUAUGACUGUGACAACAAGAAGCUCCUGCUCAACCACCAGCUGUCCCACGCCAACGACCGGCCCUUUAAAUGUGACUACUGUAAAUACUCAACCUCUAAAGAGGACUUCCUGGUCUCUCACCUGGCCAUCAAACACACAGGAGAAAAGCCGUUCUCCUGUGAGAUGUGCCACUUCAUGACGAAGCACCGUAAGAACCUGCGUCUGCACGUCCAGUGUCGCCACCCGGAGGCGUUUGAGGAGUGGAGCGCUACGCACCCUGAGGAGCCCGUCAGGCGGAGGAGGAGACCCUUAUUCACCCAGAAACAGAUAGAGGAACUCAAACGGCAACACGACGACACAGCGGGCCUACAGAACACUAUAGUAGCAGUGGAUUCUGACACACUACAAGCCAUGCAGACAAUGCAGAACGCCUCAGUCUCCCAAGAUGCAAUGGGAAACACCACCAUCACUUACGAACAGGCCGGGAAUUCGGACCUGUCAGCCCAGAAUGCUCUGGAUCUGCUGUUGAAUAUGAGCAACGCCAGACAGUUGGUGGAAAACUCACUACAGGUACAGAUGUUGAAAUCAUCGGACUCAGAGGCUCUAAAAGCGGGCUCCUGGACAGCGGUUACCUCGGCGACCGGGGGAGCCCAAAAGGUUGUGACGUUCCACAUGUCUGAGAAUGGGGAGACCCUGGUGCAAGAGGUCCAGGAGGUCUAUGAGGCUGGGACCAAUGAGAAUGGAGAGAUUACUCAGAGAGCCAUCCAGGCCUAUGAGGGGGCAGAGGGCUUCAGUGUGGUGGAACAGAUGGAACAAAGCACUGGACCUGGAUACAGUAGUGACGUGGGCAGUCCCCAGCCCAUGGAGGAAGAGCAGGAGGGAACAAAAACACUCAAAGAGAACAGAGACACCCAGUACUACCUGACCUCUGGUGUGGGGGAUGGAGUUCUACAGCAGGUAGAGCUAAGCAGUGAAGUCCCCGGUUCCCCCUCCAUGGUGGCAUCCCCCCAGGACCAGAACCAGCUCAACCCAAAGAGGUUCUCCUGUCGUAUCUGCUCAGAGUCGUUCCAGGGCCGCAGUGACAUGGAGAACCACAAGAGGGCCCAUAUCGACCCCUCCACCUUCAAGUGUCCUCACUGUGACUUCACUGCCUCCUCCUGGCCAGACGUCAAGACGCACAUGGGCAUGCAUACCUACCUGCGGCCUCACAAGUGCCCCAGCUGCAGCUUUGCCUCCAAAAACAGGAAGGACCUGAGGAGACACAUGAUGACGCAUACCAACGAGAAGCCCUUCACCUGCAAGAUCUGUGGACAGAGGUUUAAUCGUAACGGCCACCUCAAGUUCCAUUUGGAGCGACUCCACAGCCAGGACCCUCCGGCAAAGAAGAUCCAUUCUGGAGGAGGCUCCCAGCAACAGGCCUUUAUAGUCAGCGAUGACGAGGAGGCUCUCGCCAUGCUACAGUACCUGCAGGAAGGACAGACCAUCAGUCCGGAGCAGCUACAGAAGGCCCUGGGUCAGGACCACAUUAUAGUGUCCCAGGAACAGGGCCUGGAAGACAAGGAGGAGGCCACGUACAUCCAGCAGAUCACCACAGCGGACGGACAGACGUUACAGUACAUAACAGGAGACAACCAGGUCCAGUAUGUCAUCUCUCAGGAUGGAGUCCAACACUUCCUACCCCAGGAGUACGUGGUGCUAGCAGACGGGAACCACAUCCAGAUGUCAGAUGGACAGAUCAUCCAAUAUGAGAAUGAUGGGGCCUUCCUACAGGAGCAACAGAUUUCCCUGAGUCAUGACAGCCAGAUCCAGUAUCUUCCCGUCAGUUCAGAACAACAGAUAGUCAGUCCUGAAGACUUGGAGGUUGCUGAACACACUGCUGUCACCGUCAUAGCAGAUGCCGCCACGCAGCAGACACAGACCGUCUACACUGAGGCCACACAAGAACAACUGGAGCUGCUACAACAGCAGGGCAUCCAGUAUGAUGUCGUCACCUUCGCCGACGAGCAGAGAUGACGUCAUCGCCUUCAGACACUGAUGUUGGAUGUGAUGUCACUGCUUUAAAGGACAGAGAGACGGCCUGCAGUGCAGGACCCUGUGUGAUGGAACCAUAUGAGCUGACAGAGGGGCCAGUGACAUACAUAGUUUUUUUUUUAUUUGAUUGAUUUAACCUUUAACUAGGCAAGUCAGUUAAGAACAAAUUCUUAUUUACGAUGUUGACCUAGGAACGGUGGGUUAACUACUAUUUUUCCCCCGUGUCAGCUCUUGGAUUCGAUCUAGCAACCUUUUGGUUACUGGCCCAACGCUCUAACAACUAGGCUAACUGCCGCCCACCCUAGUAGCCAUCGUUUAGGAAGAUCAGCCAAAGCAAGGCUCUGCACCCAAGCUACAAAUCAUCUUGUAUCCCAAACAACUACAUUACAUGAUCAGGAUUAGCGAUUCUGGGCAGUGCCUUGCUCAAGCUGAUCCCCCCCUGAACACGGUGCUCUACUCUGAUAUCUGUGAUACACUAUAUAUACAAAAGUAUGUGGCCACCCCUUCUAAUUAGUGGAUUCGGCUAUUUCAGCCACACCCGUUGCUGACAGGUGUAUAAAAUCGAGCACACCGCCAUGCAAUCUCCAUAGACAAACAUUGGCAGUCGAAUGGCCU